AUGGGAGUAAUGGCUCCCAUGGAGGAAUUCUUGCGGGGCAUGACCCCUGUCCACCGCCAAUCUUCUGCCCCCACCUUCUGCCUAAUCAGGCUCGCCGGAAAGCCGAAGCCCUUCCCAUUGGACCCGACCCGCGGUGGCGACCCGCUCGAGCUCCACGAGAGCGACGUCGUCUGGUCAUUCGCCGUCUCUCCCGACGGCCGCCGCCGCUUCAAUCCGGCGAGAUCCGGCCUCUCCUCCCUCCUCUCGGACCAAUCCCACCGCCCCGUUUGCCGCAAAACCAGCCCCGUGGCCAUCCCAAAGGAGUUGCGGCAGGGGGAUGGUCAUGCUCCGGCGAAGUUCCGACAAUCGGUGCCCGUGAACAUCCCGGCGUGGCCGAAGAAUUGGAAGGGAUCCGGCGAGGUGGACGAGGACGACGGUUUCGGGGAGGCGGGGGAGAUGGUGCCGCCGCACGUGAUCGUGGCCAGGUCGCACGCGACGUUCUCGGUGUUCGAGGGCGCCGGGAGGACACUGAAGGGCCGGGAUUUGCGCCGGGUCCGCAACACCGUGUUGCAGAAAACAGGCAUGUAUAUAGUGAUGGCAAUGGGGAAUUCCCCAUCAGGUAUUGACUCCCCAUACCCAUCCCCGCGAGAGAAUUUUCUCCCCAUGGGGAUCCCCAUUUAUGCUUUCGGGGAGGAUUUUCUCCCCAUCCCCAUUACCCGCGGGGAUAAAUCCCCAUCGGGGAUCCCCAUACCCGCUAAUUGUUAUUGA